GCAGUGCUGGCACGGACGUAAAGCCACGCCCAUCCACGAUCUCUUGACGGACUGUCGACGUACAGCUCCUCCUCUUUCUCUCCCUCAAGAUGGCGAACGGGACUCUGUACACCUAUCCUGAUAACUGGCGGGCUUUCAAGCCCCUUAUUGCUGCUCAGUACAGUGGCGCCAAGAUCAAAGUGGCAUCUUCCCCACCACAAUUCCAUUUUGGUCAAACAAACAAGACACCCGACUUUCUUCAAAAAUUCCCUAUUGGAAAGGUUCCGGCAUUCCAGGGAGAUGAUGGCUUCUGCCUGUUUGAGAGUAAUGCCAUUGCUCAUUAUUUGGCAUCUGAAGCACUUAGAGGUUCUACAAAGGAAGCAGCUGCACAGGUUUUGCAGUGGGUUAGUUUUGCUGACUCUGAGAUUGUCCCACCUGCUAGCACCUGGGUUUUUCCUACCUUGGGCAUUAUGCAGUACAAUAAGCAGGCAACGGAGCAUGCUAAGGAGGAAGUGCGGAAAGUUUUGAGUGUUUUGAAUGAGCAUCUUCACACUAGAACAUUUCUGGUGGGUGAGAGACUCACCUUGGCAGAUAUUACAGUGGUCUGCUCUCUACUGUGGCUUUAUAAACAAGUACUAGAGCCAUCUUUUCGCCAAUCAUUUUUGAACACAAACCGCUGGUUCAUCACAUGCAUUAAUCAACCACAAUUCAAGGCCGUCCUGGGAGAGGUAAAGCUUUGUGAAAAGAUGGCCCAGUUUGAUGCUAAGAAAUUUGCAGAGUUGCAGCCAAAGAAAGAAGCAACACCCAAAAAAGAAAAGGCCCCUAAGGAGUCAAAACAGCCUGAAAAAAAAGAAAAGAAAGAGAAGGAAGAGAAGCCAGAAGCUGCACAAGAAGAGGAAAUGGAUGAAUGUGAAGCUGUUCUGGCAUCUGAACCCAAGGCAAAAGACCCAUUUGCCCACCUGACCAAAAGCACCUUUGUCUUGGAUGAAUUCAAGAGGAAGUAUUCUAAUGAAGAUACUUUAACAGUGGCUUUGCCACAUUUCUGGGAGCACUUUGACCGGGAGGGUUACUCAAUCUGGUUUGGAGAAUACCGUUUUCCUGAGGAGCUGGCAAUGACUUUUAUGAGCUGUAAUCUCAUCACAGGCAUGUUCCAGCGCCUUGAAAAACUACGUAAAAAUGCAUUUGCUAGUGUUAUUCUGUUUGGCACAAACAAUGACAGCAGUAUUUCUGGAAUAUGGAUCUUCAGGGGUCAGGACCUUGCAUUCACACUAUGUGAAGACUGGCAGAUUGAUUAUGAGUCCUAUGCUUGGAGGAAGCUGGAUGUUGAUAGUGAUGAAUGCAAGACCAUGGUUAAGGAGUACUUCGCCUGGGAAGGAGAAUUUAAACAUGUUGGCAAGCCUUUCAACCAGGGAAAGAUCUUCAAAUGAGAUGGAGAGUGCAUAGAUUCUAAACAGCAGCUGCACCAGUUUUCUGCACACCAUGAAACUGUAUUGGUAGAAAACAACCUCUGGCAUAUGUCAUGUAUAGGGUCAUUCUUAUCUUUCAUUGUGUUUUAAAUGAACUGAGGGGGCGAGGAUUGACAUUCUUUCAGUCCUUUUUGUUUGACCUUUGCCAGAGGAUCUUUUCUCAGUACUUGUCAUUUCAUUCAGCAAAUAAACUUUUGUUCAGCUAUAAA